CCAGAGCCAGGCUCGGUCCCAGUCCCAUGCCGCCAUCCAUCAGCUGCUGGCCUCUGUGCGAUGUUUGGAGCACGAGGCAACCCGUCUCAGGUGCCGGGUGUCCCAGGAACCCCCAGGCACUGUGCAGCGGAAUCCCUGGACCAGCGAUGGCCGGAUACUCCCUACCCACCCCCAGCCCAACCAGCCUAUUCUCGCUUCUUGGGAUGAGAGGAAGAGACGCUCCCGGGACCUCAGGAAAGCCACAGAUCUCCUAGGGGCACAGCGGGUCUGGACUGCUCUCUCAGACGGUCAGACGUACAGCAAGGCAGCGUCACCACCAGAGACCAUCAUGGGGACGCUGACCAGGGGUUUGCUUGACAAUGAGCAGGGGGUCCUUCCUGCUCAACCCCCAGGGCCGAGAGAUAACCGCACCCCAGGCCCAAACUACGGUGGGGAACAGCAGGGGGACCACAGCCUCCCUGGAGGGACAGGCAGCAGGGAAGGCAGACUCCAUCCUCCAGCCUUCUCCAGGGCAGCCCAGCACGGCCUUCCUGGGCGAGGAGAGGAGGGGUCCCCGAGGGAACAGGCCAGUGGAGAGGAGAAGAGGGAGGCUUCCUGUCUUCCCGAAGCAGCCCGAGUGAGGAGUGUUCAUCAGAACAAGUCCCCAAACACUGUGACUGUGGAGUCCAAGGCCACCUGCCGGCAACUGCUGUCCAGAUGUCUCAGAGCCUGGAGGCACUUGGUGCAGAGGCAGAGGGCAGUGGCGCUGGCGCUGGCACUGGGCCGCAGACGGCUGUUGCGAAAGGGCUUUCGGGCACUGCGGUGGGCCCUGCAGCUCCGGGAGGCCUGGCAAGAGGCUGCGUGGGGACGACACACAAAGGCACUGCUGUCCCGGAGCUUCCGAAAGUGGAAAAGCUUGGCCGUGCAGCAGAAACAGGGGCAGCCCUACAACCAGGCUGUGGCAGGACCCCCACCUUCCAGGGGAGGCCAGGACCAAGGCCCCUUCUUGGGAAGAAAGGCAGUGGUGGACCCCACCUGGAGAAGCAGGCCCUGGUGCAUGGGCUGGCACCGUGUGCUGGCACCCUGUUUCUCUUUGGACAACUUCACUCCUAGCCCAGGGAAUCUGGAGGAGGUGGAGGAGGAGGAAGCCUGGAGGAUUCUGUUGUAUCCUGGGCGGAGACCAGAGAGCGAAGACAGGAGACUGCAGAUCCUGCAGGCCCUGCAACAGCUGGCUGUCUUCCUCCUUCGGUGCCAUCAAAAGGAACAGGCCAUGCCAGAGAGGGGGCUCCCCAGGGAGGCCACAGGGAGGACCCAGAGCAUGGAGAAGCCUCCCCAGGCCUGGCGCCCUCAUGCCACAGAUAUGGCCCAGGUGGUCCCACUGGACUCCGAGCACCAGAGAGUCUGGCUGUGCAGGUGCUUCGGGGCCUGGCAGCAGUUCAUGCAAAGAUGGGCCCGGUACCGGGACCACUUGGCUAACUGCCAGGCAGGGACCUUGAGGACGUGCCUGAGACAGUGGGUGCAGAUGAAGCAGCUUCGGGCCUCAGAUGGGGCGAAGGUGACCCAGCUAUCCCUCCAUUGGCAGAAGGCGGCUAAUUUAGUGCUCCGCAGCUCAGCCCCUGAAGCCACCGCAGCCAGCCACCACAGGAUGUUGGCUCAAACCCAGGGACUGCCCCAGAGCUCGCUGCAGGAAUCCUGCCAGAAACUGGCCUUCCUCCGGGUACUGCUGCUCUGGAGAACGAGGCUUUCCCUGCACCAGCGGGCCAACUCCUUGGUCCAGGGCACACGGAAGCGGAUGAUGCGGCACGUCGUGAGGCAGUGGCGCUUGAGGGUGUGGGGUCCAGCCUCCCCUUCAGGCAAGGCCCACGCCUCCUUGGCCUUGGAGCCCCUGGGCAGCAUCCCAGCAGGAGAUGGCUCGCUGGAGAAGCAUCCUCCUCACCUGGAGCCACUGGACAACAACCCAAGGGACCCGGAGAGAAAUGGCUGCCCGCUGGGCCCAGGAUCGGAGAUGCAGGACUGCACUGGGCCUGUGGCGGUGGCGGCUGAUGCAGUUGUAGGAGGUGACACAGUGGACCCAGGAGCAGGACCGGGGACUGGCAUGAGAUGCCCUACACGGCUGGCACUCCCGCUGGCAACGGCAGUGGUUCUUACGAGAAAAGUACCAGAAGUUGGUGCAGAGACACCUCCAGGACCUGCAGAAGGAGGUGUUCCAGGCCUGGCAACAGGCGGCAGCUUGUCAGAGACACAUGGCCCAGCCAGAGCAGCUCCUACUGCAGAGUGCCUGCUGCAGACGCCUAGCCCUGCCCCACCCACUGCAGGACCAGGAGGGCACUGUGACUCUGGGGACAGAGCCCCCAAAGGCCAGUGCGAGACCAGCUGGAAGAGGCUGGGGGGGAAGUACUUACACAGCUGGCGUCUGGAAGUACUGCUUCGCCGACCCCGGGCC